UACAACCAUAUGAAAAAAAGAGAUUCGCAAAAGGUGUCGUAUUUUUUGCAUGAAUUAUAUUUGUUAUAAAAAUACAAUUAGCAAUUUGCAAUUCUGUUUCGUGUGACUUACAAUUCAGAUUGUUUAAUGAGUUUUUUCUUAAUCGCUUUUCUUAUCUUAUUAUUAACCUGUGAACUUUAAUUAUUAUCUAUUAUCGAGGCAUUUCCUAAUUUCGUAUUCAAAUUAUCCUUAAAUUAAGAUAUUCAAGCCUUUUUUGACCUAAUUUUUUAUGUUCAUUAUUAACAGAGGCUUCUGGAUGUAUUGAGCAGUUUCUCUUGGAUUCUCUCCUUCGAUUCAUCUAGGCACAUGGAAUGGGAUCAAAAGAAAUCAAAGCAUAGAAUCCAAGAGAAUCACUUGACAGUUGGAGAACAGUUGUCUCAGCAUCCAUUGAUAGUAGUAUUUAUCAUAGCUUGGGUCUUUUAAGGUACAUAUACUCAUACAAUAGUUCAUAUUAUCGAUAGAAUUGGUGAAUUCAGCUGGCAUUAUUUAUUGUAGUUUCAUCGGUAAGAAAAACCCAAAAUUAAACAUCUUUACAAUGCAUAAGAUUAGAGUUGUACAGAGACUUCAAAUAUAUGACAUCGAUGAAUUUGAGAACGAAGAGAGAGGGUUUUGCCAACAAUUGAUCUUUUGGUUUUAUUUUUUGGUAAGAGAUAGAUCAUUAUUUGUUAGAAAUAUCUGAGUAUUUUAUCCAAAGAACAUACCCUACACCUGAAAGCCUUAGUUGAAAUCAUAAUGUUCUUAAAGCAAAUAAACUUCAUUUAAUAAUAAUAAAAUACGAAUGAAACUUAAUAACGAGUCCAUAGUGACCGAAUUUUACCCAAAAGUAAGAGCGCAUUUUUAGGCGUCGCGAUGUUUGCAUUUAAAUUGCGUAACUCUAAUAAGAUAAGGUAGAUAAAGCAAUAUAAUUUAUUCCUCCAAAUCCUCUUUAUCAUCUCGAUUUCAACAGAUAGUAACGAAACGAAGAACCCGUUAAUCUGGCCACGUCGUGGAUAUCAGUGGAUAUACUGCAAUAUACUGUCGUUCGAUCCAUCGGAUUAAACUAUUCUACUAUGUCUAAGAAAAUAAUAUGUUUAUUCGAUGUGGAUGGCACGCUAACCAAUCCUAGACAACCGAUCAAGCCACACGUUGAAAAGUUCCUCUUGGAGACUGUUCGGAACGAAUUUGAUGUAGCUGUAGUUGGCGGAUCAGAUUUAGACAAGAUCAAAGAGCAGUUGGGUGGUAAAAGCAUAUUCGAUAAAUAUAAAUAUGUUUUUGCUGAAAAUGGGCUCAUUGCUUUCAAAGAUGGCAAAGAGUUACCCACAGAGACGAUUCAAAGUAAUAUUGGCGAAGAAGCAUUGCAGGAUUUGAUAAACUUCUGCUUGAAAUACAUAUCUGAAUUACAUUUACCGUUCAAACGUGGAACUUUUAUAGAAUUCAGAAAAGGAAUAAUCAAUGUAUCACCCGUUGGUCGUAAUUGCACCCUAGAAGAACGUCUUCAAUUCUUCGAAUACGAUAUCGAGCACCAAAUACGUCGAAAGUUCAUCGUUGCUCUCAAGAAACAAUUUCCAGAUCUUGCUUUAACGUAUAGUAUCGGAGGUCAAAUAUCUUUCGACAUCUUUCCUAUUGGAUGGGACAAGACAUACUGCCUCAGACAUAUUCAAGGCUAUGAUGAGAUACAUUUCUUUGGAGAUAAAACAAUGGAAGGUGAAAAUGAUUAUGAGAUUUAUGAAAGCGACUUGACUGUUGGUCAUCGUGUGACCUGUCCAGAGGAUACGAUCAAUCAGCUGAAUGUUCUUAUGGCGCUCGUUAAAGAAAACAAAGAGAAAGAACAAUUCGCCAUUCCCAUGCAAUGUGCUUAAUUCAUCCUAUAUCAAACGGAUGAAAUAUUUUACUUAAGAUACUCAAGGUUCAGUUUUACAUGAUUAUCAGCCUUUUUUUACUGUUGAUCAUUCCAGUUUUUAUGUUAUACAUUGUGCAAUUUCCCAUCAAAGACUUUGCAAGCGAUCCCAGUCUUUUUAAAUAAAAUUAAAUAUUUUUAUUUUUGUAAAACUAAAAUUCGAUGAUUUUAUUUUUAAAGUUCAGUUGCACAAAAAAGAAAAA